AUGUCUGACCUACAUGAUCUUUGUAAAUUCCCACAACGCCCAAUAACAGGCACGUACAUAGACAAUCUCAAGUACUAUUUAAAAAACGGAAUACCGGCUACUUACACAGUUGAAGAAGCAUACAAUUACACCAAUGGCAUCGAACAGGAGGAGCCCACGACAACUACGACUCCUUUGCAUUUGAUAUGCACACAUGUGCCCAAGGACGUGACACAGGACGAAGUUGGUAUUGUUUGUCGAAUGGUUGAAAUUUUAUUUGAGUAUGGAGCUGGGUGGAGUUUCACUGACAUUAAUAACAAUACGCCUGGUUGUAUUUUGAUUGCGAGGGGGUUGGAUAAUUUACCAGUUUAUCAGCAGAUAGUUGAUGCUGGAGUUAGGGCGGAAUUAUUGUUGAGGAAGGUGAGUGAGUAUGACAUGGAAGUGAUUAGUGACACUGAGGAUUUGGACCAUGAAGCAUUUGUGGUGAAAACUGCUGAGACCGAGGACAAGGACGAUGCUGCUUCAAAGGACGAAGAAGGUGCUGCUCCAGCUGUGCCGGUUGCCGAAGCUAACCCACCACACAAUACCUCUAUUAACAACACGUUACCCGAUGAUGAGCCAAAUGCACCUUCGCAAAACCAACAAUCAUACCUCAACACCAAACUCGAAUACGUAGACGAUGCAUUAGUCACAAAGGACAGGAAAGACGGGGUGAUGAUGUCGUGGGAGACAGAUAUUAUGCAACUUGGAGCAAACACACUCUUCAAAGGUGCAUAUAUUGAACAAGACGAGCUUGAUUCGGAAGUCAACAUACUAAACAUUGGGUUUGGAAUGGGGAUAAUUGACACCAUGAUCCAGGAAAAAACCCCCACCAUGCAUUAUAUAUGUGAAGCACACCCUGACGUGCUUGCGAAAUUGGAGACGGAUGGAUGGUUCGCCAAGCCCAAUGUCAAGAUUCUUGCAGGGAGGUGGCAGGAUGAACUUCCAAAAUUACUCAACCAAGGCGUUUUCUUCAAUGGGAUCUAUUACGAUACUUUCUCAGAACACUAUUCCGACAUGUUGGACUUGUUUGAUAUGGUGGUAGGGUUAUUGAAACCACAUGGUGUUUUUUCGUUUUUCAAUGGGUUGGGAGCUGAUCGACAAGUGAUUUACCAAGUGUAUAGGAAAUUGGUUGAAUUGGAUUUGGCAAAUUAUGGAUUGGAGUGCAAAUUUGUGGAUGUUGAUGUUCCAAAAUCAUUGUUUAAAAGAAAGAGCAAGCGAGAGAGUGGGAGUGGGAGUGGGAGUGGGAGUGGGAGUGAUGAUGAUGAUGGCGAUGCGGAGGAUGGGAGUGUGUGGGAUAAUGUAAAGAGGAGCUACUGGUCUUGUCCUACGUAUUAUCAUCCGGAAGUGAAAUUUAUAGAUUUUUAA